GGCUGUGAUUGCCGAUCGCCAGUGUCAGUCCCGGAGAGAACGCCGGUGGCGGGGCGGGUAGCCCGGCAGCCGCAGGUGGGGCCACGAGCGCUGGCUGAGGGACCGAGCCGGAGAGCCCCGGAGCCCCCGUAACCCGCGCGGGGAGCGCCCAGGAUGCCGCGCGGGGACUCGGAGCAGGUGCGCUACUGCGCGCGCUUCUCUUACCUCUGGCUCAAGUUUUCACUUAUCAUCUACUCCACCGUGUUCUGGCUGAUUGGGGCCCUGGUCCUGUCUGUGGGCAUCUAUGCAGAGGUUGAGCGGCAGAAAUAUAAAACCCUUGAAAGUGCCUUCCUGGCUCCAGCCAUCAUCCUCAUCCUCCUGGGCGUCGUCAUGUUCAUGGUCUCCUUCAUUGGUGUGCUGGCGUCCCUCCGUGACAACCUGUACCUUCUCCAAGCAUUCAUGUACAUCCUUGGGAUCUGCCUCAUCAUGGAGCUCAUUGGUGGCGUGGUGGCCUUGACCUUCCGGAACCAGACCAUUGACUUCCUGAACGACAACAUUCGAAGAGGAAUUGAGAACUACUAUGACGAUCUGGACUUCAAAAACAUCAUGGACUUUGUUCAGAAAAAUUUCAAGUGCUGUGGCGGGGAGGAUUACCGAGAUUGGAGCAAGAAUCAGUACCACGACUGCAGUGCCCCUGGACCCCUGGCCUGUGGGGUGCCCUACACCUGCUGCAUCAGGAACACGACAGAAGUUGUCAACACCAUGUGUGGCUACAAAACUAUCGACAAGGAGCGUUUCAGUGUGCAGGAUGUCAUCUACGUGCGGGGCUGCACCAACGCCGUGAUCAUCUGGUUCAUGGACAACUACACCAUCAUGGCGGGCAUCCUCCUGGGCAUCCUGCUCCCCCAGUUCCUGGGGGUGCUGCUGACACUGCUGUACAUCACCCGGGUGGAGGACAUCAUCAUGGAGCACUCUGUCACUGAUGGGCUCCUGGGGCCCGGUGCCAAGCCCAGCGUGGAGGCGGCGGGCACAGGAUGCUGCUUGUGCUACCCCAAUUAGGGCCCAGCCUGCGAUGGCAGCUCCAGCAAGGACCGUCUGGGAUAGCACCUCUCAGUCAACAUCAUGGGGCUGGACAGGGCUGUGGCCCCUCUGCCCACACUCAGUAUUGACCAAAGCCAGGGCUGUGUGUGCCUGUGUGUGGGUCCCACGGCUGCUGCCUCCCAGGGGCCGGAGCCUGGGCCUCCCCUAAGAGGCUUCCCCGAGGCAGCUCUGGAAUCUGUGCCCACCUGGGGCCUGGGGAACAAGGCCCUCCCUUCUCCAGGCCUGGGCUGCGGGGGAGGGAGAGCCUGGGGCUCCGAUCAGGGCCCAUUUCAUCUCUGGCAGUGCCUUGGCCAGUGGUAUUCAAGGCAGUUUUGUAGCACCUGUAAUCGGGGAGAGGGAGUGUGCCCCUUGGGGCAGGAGGGAAGGGCAUCAGGGGAAAGGCAGGAGGGAAGAGCUGUCCCCGCAGCCACGCCCAUGGCCAGGUUGGCCUCUUCUCAGCCUCCCAGGUGCCUUGAGCCCUCUUGCAAGGGCGGCUGCUUCCUUGAGCCUAGUUUUUUUACGUGAUUUUUUUAACAUUCAUUUUUUUGUACAGAUAACAGGAGUUUCUGACUAAUCAAAGCUGGUAUUUCCCCGCAUGUCUUAUUCUUGCCCUUCCCCCAACCAGUUUGUUAAUCAAACAAUAAAAACAUGAUUUUUUUUUUUU